GACGGUGUGAGUGGUCCUGAGCUCUGACUCCUGACGGCAGUGAAGUGGCCGCGACUAUCAGACAGGAAUCACGCUCCGGGACCCGAUUUUUUUUGUUUCUGGCGUUUCCCUCCAAAUCCUUCACAAAUUGUUUUGCCUCAUGACAGCAUGACGGGACUCAAACUUGCACAUUUGGGAUAAUUACAAUAAUGGUUCGCUUCAAAUGUCCAUUUCCACGGAGCUGCAGCUGAGGUUUCAUUCAAAGUCGGACUGGAUUCUCACAGCGUGAUGGAUACAAAUGAGUUCGCAGUACUGAAACUUUUUGUUGUUGGGAUUUUGGUCAAUGCCUGGAUGAUGGGAGGAUUGUCAGCCACCGACAGUUUCAACACAGAGCCCACUCCCCCCUGGCCCAAGACACCCUGCAACGAGUCCCGCCUGCAGUCGGAGGUGGAGUUUUGUGGUGAAGUCUUCAAGCAGGACAUGGCUCUCAUAGAUCCACAGUACUGGUGUAACCUCACACAUUUCAUCAGGGAGUACCACCUCUUCACACGCUGCACAGAGGAAAAGUCCCAAAAUGUCAACUGCUACUGGCCCAACCCACUGGUGGAGAGCUACAUCAUCCGCAUACACAAGCACUUUUUCUCCAACUGCACCACGGAGCAGGUGGUAUGGGUGGACCCACCGGACGACACGCUAAUCAUCCUCAUCCUUAUCCCUGUUUUCCUUACCUUGGCUAUGAUUGCCCUGGUGGUCUGGUGCAGUAAGAGGAGUGACAUCCUGGCCUAAGAGGAGAGGAAGAUGGAAGAGAAUAGAGGAAGAGGGGAGAGGAGCUCAACCUCUCUACUGAAACAAUACUGUACUCAAUGAAGGAGUGCACAGAGGUUUUGGGAGAUUGUUUCAGUUGGUCAAAAUAAUCCACAAAUGGCAAUGCAGUCACCUACAUGUCCCGUGAAAACAAUACAACUAGUCCCUGGUAGAACAAAGUAGUACUUUUUAAUUUAAUAUAUUAAAUUCCCCCGUUUCCAGUCUUUACGCUAAGCUAAGCUAAUUGGCUUCUGGCUGUAGCUUUACAUUUAGCAUAAAGACAUGACAGGUAUUGAGCUUCUAAUCUAACUCUUGGCAAGAAGGUGAAUAAGUGUAUUUCCAACUAAUGUCCAACUCUUUCUUUCCUGGUGAAAUUUUUUUGUUUGCCUGAAGCCACAGGGAGGAAUAUGUGCAUCCAGGGCUUUAUGUGUAUCUAUGAAUACCAGAGAGAAUGAUUUUACCUAAGACACAUAGGAUUUUGGUGCUUUGAUGAUGUCACUUACGGGGUAACUUGACCAGUUUAACAGUGGACCUCCAAAUCUCAGUGCAUUCUUUAAAGCUCAUGGAUCCGGACUAUUGACCUCGAAGAUUCUUGUCGGAGCACUGUAUCGUUGCUGAAGGCCAAAGUAUCCACCAAGCAUCAGAGGUAGUGAUUAAACUCUAAACUGGUGGGAAAUAGGGACUCCCAGAGGACACUGUUAAAUAUUUUAACAUGAUACUGUAUGAUGGCUUGGAAGGAUGAAAAAGAAGCCAAAUUUGGACUAAGUAUUGAUUCUGUUGAGUUACUGAAUGGACAGCCGCCACUGGAAAGGAUACACUGGUGUGUAACCCAAAGACAAGGCAACAUUAUGAUUAUUAUAUUUUGGGACUUGAAUUUUUUGUGUGACUACCUGAGCCCCAAGGGACUGUUUUAUAACAGUGUAAUUUAUCAGAUACUGUUGAAUAACAUACUGUUAAUACUCACAAAGAAGGAUUCUCAAUGAAAAAACAUGAACUGAGCGACAUUGAGACCUCACAAUGUACAGUUAUCCUCUCUGUCUGUGCUGUCUACUGUAUCUGCAUUGCCUCUCCUGUGUUACUCAGACCAGUGGGAAAUAUACACUGAUGCUUUGAAAUGAAUUCCUUUGGGGAAAGCCUUGAUUUAAUGUACGCACUUCAUUGGUUCUUUGUACCGCUGUCCUCACCAGCCACGAGGCAAACGAAACCAAGCACUGCUUUUUUUUAUUUUCUUCCAAAGCAUUACACAUCAUUCUGUUUGUCAGCGCUCACUGCGCACACCGUGUGUCUCACUAUGGAAAAUGAAACUCCUCAGCAAAACGUACCUUGAUUAAAUCUCAAGUCUUUCUGAGAA